AUACUACAUACCUAUAAUAACGCCGUUUUCAAUUAUCACUGUUUUCUUCGUCUAUCCGCAGUCAAGACCACGGUGAAGACCACGGUGAAGAAAAUUCAGGAUCAUUCUGCUGCAGGAUCGUUCAAGGUCGGCGACAUCGGUGAUUAUCCCGCCGAGUACAAUCCCAAAGUGCACGGACCCUACGAUCCAGCCCGUUUCUAUGGCGCUGCCCACACGCCAUUUUCAGAGGUGAAACUCUGCGAGAUCGACCAAUGGAUGAAAUGCCGAAAUAAAUCACCAAAAGCAUUCGCCGCGUUGAUUUCCCGGGCUUAUUGGCGAUGGUCUCACCAAUAUGUACAGCCAAAACGUACAACAGCUGCCCCACUUAUUCAUGGAAUCGCUGGAAUGAUGUUGUUUUUUUAUGCAAUAAACUACGGGAAAAUAAUUCGCCAUCGCAACUAUAAAUAUCAUUAAUAAAUAAUAACUAUUAGAUUUUCGACGUCAUAAUUCAUUGUACAAGUGUUUAAACCGCCAUGCUUACGAAACUAAUAAUAUAAAUUCUGCUGUUUAAGGGAAGUAUAGACGACUCGUCCGUAGGUACACGAUGCAUUGUCUCAAACAGCAGAGCUUAUAUUUUUAGCUUGGUGAACAUAGUGGUUUACUAUAUUUUUUACAAUACAUAAGAUGUGUAAGAUUUGUAGC